AGCUCCGUGGUGUCUUGACUUGUUGGUUAGCUUCUCUCACGCUGUUCUUCAUGUCUAUUUCUUGCUCAGCCUUCCAAUUCUGAUUCAUUGCUCGGGCGUGUCCUAUAGUGGUAAGACAGAGUCAACCAUGGACAGAGAGUCGGAAAAGGAACUUAGGCUUGCUGCACUUCGUAGAAGAAUGGGAAGAAUGUGGUCUGAAGAUGUUAUAGUCAGAGUGCACGAGAAAAUUCCUGAGGAGAAAUUGCGAGAAUUCAACCUUACCUCGUUGGGGAAACUACACUCAAGACCUAAUGUUAACUUCCAAGCAUUCCUACUGACCAUGAAAAGGGAAUGGAAAACAGAGAACGUGGUUUGUGACCAAAUGGAACCAGGCUUAUUCUCGUUCACAUUUAGCUCGGAUUUGGAGAAGAGAAAAGUACUGGAAGCUAGCCCGUGGUCUUUUUCAAAUAACUUGCUUAUCCUCCAACAACUAAACCCUAAGCUGCCAAUCCACUGUCAUGAAUUCACUCAUUGUGCCUUUUGGAUGCAAGUGCUUGGCUUGCCUCUAAUUCGAAUUACUGAGAACGCGCUGCUUGAAGUGGCAUCAAUAAUGGGUAAAAUUCUGGAGGUGAAGAUAGAACCGAAAGGGGGCAGCGUGUGCAAAGUUGGAAGGGCUCGAGUGCUUAUGGAAUUAUCAUGCCCUUUAAAAUCAGGGGCUGUGGUGAACUUCGAAGAUGAUCAAUUUUGGGUCGAUUUUAAGUAUGAACGACUCCUCAUUAUUGCUACUCAUGUGGGAGAUUGGCCACUACAUGACUAGCUGUGAGGAAGUGCCCUACAAAGAAGCCGGGUUGGAGGAGAUUGGUGAUGGAAAUUUUGGCGAUUGGUUGAAAGCCGAAGAGCACAAGACAAGCCCCUUUUGGAAACUUUUUUAUGGGAAGGAAUGUCCGAUGCCAGAGGAGGAAGUACUUAUUCCCGAGACACCAGCACAGGCCGGCAUUUUGGAGGACUUGGCUCCCACCGAAAUUGAUAACCCGCAAGGGGUGAGGCAUGGAAUUAUAAAGCUCGGGGAGUCAUCUGAGCAGAAGGGCAAAGGCUUGGCCGAUGUAGGAAUGACAGCAAAAGGUAAGAGAACUAAAGGUACGCCACGCCUGAUCUUAGACAGAGCAUGGACGGAGUCUCUCCCCAAGGGCCCCGCCGCUUCAUUUAAGAAGAGUAGGAAGGAUCAAAAGACUUCUGUUAAGCCCUUACAAAAUGGAAAAAGAGAAAUCCCAGUAAGCAGGAACGGUGGUGGUGAUCAAUACCGCUUUCCGUUGGUGGCUGUUCGGAAGGCCACGAACGACUUUGAUGAGAGCCAGGUCAUUGGUACAGGUGGUUUUGGAAAAGUGUACUGGGGAGAAUUAAAUGAUGGAACAAGAGUAGCUGUUAAGAGGGGUAGUCCUCAGUCCCAACAGGGAUUUGCAGAGUUCCAAACUGAAAUCCAGAUCCUUUCACUGUUCCGUCACCGCCAUCUGGUUUCUUUGAUCGGGUAUUGUGAUGAAAAGGGUGAGAUGAUUUUGAUUUAUGACUACAUGGCGAAUGGCACGCUUAGUAGCCAUCUUUAUGGCUCUCGCCGUCGGAGCCUGAGCUGGAAGCAGAGGCUUGAGAUAUGCAUUGGUGCUGCUAGAGGGCUCCAAUGCCUUCACGCUGGCAAUGAAAUAACUGUCAUCCAUCGCGAUGUGAAGUCUACAAAUAUUUUGCUUGAUGAGAACCUCAUGGCAAAGAUUGCUGAUUUAGGGAUUUGCAAGGGAGGGCCGGGAAUUGAUCAGACCCAUUUCACUACAUCAGUGAGAGGGACUUUUGGAUACCUCGAUCCGAAUUACUUCCUUACGUCUCAAGUAACACAAAAAUCUGAUGUGUAUGCAUUUGGGGUGGUUUUACUUGAAGUCCUUUGCGCAAGACCCCCUGUUGAUCCGUCACUCCCCGAGGAGAAGAAGAACCUGGCGGCAUGGGCAAUGAAGAUGCAAAAGAAAGGGCAGUUGGAUCAGAUCAUAGACCCUACUCUUGUGGGUAAAAUCAGACCUCGAUUCUCUUCGGGAGUUUGUGGCAACGGCUGAGAAAUGCUUGGCCGACCGUGGGGUUGAUCGGAUUUCUAUGGGAGAUGUGCUUUGGAGACUGGAAUAUGCCCUUCGACUUCAAUAUGCGGUUGUGCAAUGGGACCCUGAAGAAAUAGUGGUAACAUGAUUGGUGGGUGAUUCAUCAACA